CCUUCUUGAAAUAAACCUAGGGCUCUGACAAAUGAAAAUUAAGUUGAAAGGCUUUCUGUUAUGAUUUCUUUCUUAAACCUUUGAGAUGAAAACUGUUAAAGGUGACUCUCACAGACCAGACUGCCUCUCAUUAAGCAUUAGGUCUUGUUACAUCCAUCUACAGGGGAUCCAAGAAACAGAAAAUAUAUUUAGGGGUUUAGUUUCAGAUGCCCCAAUUCAGAUGCCAGCUAUGGGAAGCAUCUUGUGAGGCCUGGCUCUAGCCUGGAGAACAGCAGGAAGAGAGGCGCUCUUUAAAAUGAGUGGCAAAGGAAAGGUGAUUGAAAUCUUCCUCGUAGAGAGGCUUGUCUUAUGAGAGGUUGUCAGGUGAACGUUGGGGACUGGCAUGUUUCAAGCCUGCCUGAAGAGAAGACCAUCGGACAGUUGCAGAAUUGCCAAGCUCUGUGGCUCAGGGCUGACCCUUCAGCAGUGGGUGUCUGCAGGUCUCACUGCGCAGCCCUGCAAGGGCCUUGAAUGUGCAUCAUUGCCCUCCUGUAGCGAACUUCUUCACGCACUUCUGUCAUCAUCUCCAUCAACUACUAAUGGAAGUCCCUCUUGGUAAAGAAUUUUCCUCUGGCAAAAUUGAAUGUUUCAAGGGACACUGUUUAAGAUCAGUGCGAAAAAACAUGCCACCCUGUUCAGACUCUAGCUUUGACAAAAGCAUGGAAAUAUUAAGUGAAAAUGUCAAUCGAAGACACUUGAUGAGAGAGUUGGCAAAGCCGAACUCAGACCAAAAAAAUGAAGACUAUAAAGAAGUCACUAAAACACUGAAGACAAGAGCUGAAACAAAAGCUGCAGAACAAGUCCAUCAAGAAAAUGAGGAUUUGGAAGUCCGCCGAAGCUGCAGACUUCGACAGAGUCAUUACACCACUACAAAUCAAUCUGUUUUGUUUGACAAACUUAUAACAAAUACUGCAGAAGCAGUCUUGCAAAAAAUGGAGAAGAUACGUAGACAGCAAAUGAUAGAAGACUGUGAGAUGUUCCGCAACACAGAAGAAAAUCUUGAUAUUUAUUCCCAAGGAGAGGAAGAAAUCCAAACAGGUGGCAAAGAAAUAGAUGAUAAGCCAGAUGACAUUGUAGUAGUUUUAUCAGAUGAAAGUGAUGCGAAAGGUGAUGGUGAAGACACUCAAAAGCGUUACUACUUUCGACAGAGAAAAACUGUUCAGCGCUAUCAAGCUCCGAUGGCAAAACCAAAAGAGCGUAAGAUGUAUUUUUCAGGCCAGUCACAAGGGUCUUCCAGAAGAAAUAAGAGACGGAGACAGGCAGUCCACGACAGUGAUUCCUCAUCCUCGUCCGUGUCCUCGUCAUCGUCCUCGUCAUCUGAAGAUGAAGAGCAGUUUGACAGGCAUAGGAAGAACAACCGUAACAGAGAUUUAAGAAGGUGUCUUCCACUAAACUUUGGGAAAGAUAUGUUGAAGAGAAUUCACAAGGAUCAAAUGAAAAUUGGAACAGGUCUGUCUGAUGGUGAUCCAACGCAAACAGAUUGUCUGGUACGAUUUGAUGGUGUGGGUGGUCUUUCUGACCACAUUGCAGCUUUAAAAGAGAUGGUCAUCUUUCCACUGCUUUACCCAGAAGUCUUCCAGGGAUUGAAAAUUCAACCGCCAAGAGGCUGCCUAUUCUAUGGUCCACCAGGGACUGGGAAGACACUGGUGGCUCGUGCACUUGCUAAUGAAUGUAGCCAAGGUGACAGGAGAAUAGCCUUUUUCAUGAAAAAAGGUGCUGACUGCCUGAGUAAAUGGGUGGGUGAAUCUGAACGAGAGCUUCGUAUGUUAUUUGAUCAGGCCUACCAGAUGCGACCCUCAAUUAUUUUCUUUGAUGAGAUAGAUGGUCUUGCUCCUGUGAGGUCCAGUAAGCAAGACCAAGUUUACAGCUCUCUUGUUUCAACACUUCUGUCACUCAUGGAUGGCUUAAACAGCAGAGGAGAGGUUGUGGUAAUCGGAGCCACCAACAGACUGGAUGCCAUAGAUCCUGCUUUACGAAGACCAGGACGCUUUGAUCGAGAGCUCCUCUUCAGCUUGCCAAAUAAAGAGUCUAGAAAAGAGAUUAUAAAAAUUCACACACAAGGCUGGAACCCUAAGCCAUCGGACAGGUUUCUUGAAGACCUAGCUGAAAAAUGUGUUGGAUACUGUGGUGCUGAUAUUAAAUCGUUAUGUGCUGAAACUGCCCUCUGUGCUUUGCGCCGCUGCUAUCCUCAGAUAUACAAAAGUGAUGAGAAACUGCAGUUAGAUAUCAAUUCUAUCAAAAUAACAGCAAAGGAUUUUGUCGUGGCUAUGCAGAAGAUUGUUCCAUCUUCACAGAGAGCUGUGACUUCACCUGGGCAACCACUACCCUCUAUUUCAAAACCACUGCUUGAAAACACGCUAGCAGAAAUUUUACAAGCCUUACAGAAAGUAUUUCCGCAUGCAGAGAUUGCACUAAAGAAGAACCAACAGCAAGACAGUUUAAAUAAUAUUGUAAGAGAUGAUGUGAUUGACAGCGGUGAGGAAUUGCCAUCAAUCUUUGAAGACAAGCCAACUCAUAAUAUGCCUGGUAGACAAAAGGAAAGCCUCCUCACUUUCAGCAGAAAUGCUUAUUAUCAGCCAACAUCUUGCAGGCCACGGUUCUUAAUAACUGGAGAUUCAGGAUAUGGGCAAGCUUCUCAUUUGGCACCUGCAGUAAUACAUGCCCUGGAAAAGUUUCCAGUUUAUGCACUAGACCUAGCUGUUUUGUUUAGUAGCAUCACAUCUCCAGAAGAAACAUGUGCACAGCUGAUGCGGGACGCUCAGAGAACAGCACCAAGUAUCAUUUACAUCUCACAUAUCCAUUGGUGGUGGGAGGCUGUUGGACCUACAUUGAAAGCUACUUUUAUAACACUACUGCGGAACAUUCCAGCAUUUGCUCCAGUUUUGCUGCUUGCAACAUCUGAUGUGUGUCAUUCAGAUCUCCCGAAGGAGAUAAAAGACUUGUUUACUAAUGAUUAUGAAGUUUUCCAACUCCACUUGCCUAAUAAGGACAAAAGAAGAAAGUUUUUUGAGGACUUAAUUAUAAAUCAAGCUGCUAAACCUCCUGCAUCAAAAGACAAUGAAGCUUGUCAGCCACUGGAAGAACUGCCGGAAGAACUGCCUGUAGCACCGCCGCCUAAGCCUCAAGAGCUGACAGAGGAAGAAAUAAGACAGACAGAGGAGCAGAAUGAGGAUAUGUUGCAUCAACUUAGGGUUCUCUUACGGAAUGUGACUCACAGACUUGCCACUGAUGGACGUUUCAGAGCAUUUACAAAGCCUGUUAACCCAGGGGAGGCAUCUGAUUAUGCCAGAGUUAUUAAGCAGCCCAUGGACCUGUCGACCAUUCUUUCUAAGAUUGACUUGCACCAGUACCUGACUGCAGAAGAUUUUCUAAAAGACAUUGAUCUAAUCUGCAGCAAUGCUUUAGAGUAUAACACAGAUGAAGAUCGUGGAGGUUGCCUCAUUAGGCACAGAGCUUGUACUUUGAGAGAUACUGCAUACGCCAUAGUGAGGGCAGAACUGGACAAAGAUUUUGAACAAUGCUGUGAGGUGAUUAAAGAAUCUCGUAAGGAAAGAGGUUGUAGCUCUUCAAAAUAUACUCCAUCUUACUGCUGUGCAAUGCCAAAGCAGAACUCUGUUCCUGGGUAUAAGGAAACAGAACCAAAGUGUAAUGAAAAAAUGAAGAUGCCAGCAGCACCUAUAAAUUCCAGUACUCCCUGCUCUAAAGGUAUAUCAAAAAGAAAACGCAAAAAGAACAAAGGCUCUUUGGGUAUCAGGGCAAAGAGGAGGAAUUUUCAGUUCAAUAAAGAGAAUAAAGUUCCGGAAGAGCAAAAUGAGGUAGAGAGCAGUGAAGAGUCUCCAGAAAAACAUGUUUCUAAUAUGGAUCACACUGAAGUUGAGCCCACACAGGAUUACUCUGUGGAAGAAAAUGAAAAUGUACUUCAAGAACGACAGAAAAAUGGGAAUGAAAAUAAAUCUGGGGCAGAUGAUGAGACAUUUUUCUUUUUCACAAUACCUGCUUUUGAAAAGAAGAGUGUCAUGCUUCCUGAACCUUCAGACCUAAGAAAGAACAGUGAAGUGAUAGAUUGCCAAGUAGCAGAAAGUUUGGAAGAAGAAAAUUCAAAUGAUUUCUGGGUAUGCUCUGUAAUUCAUGAAAGAUAUUCUCCGGUAGAAGAGCAGCAGGUGAUACAUGUCAAGCCAUCCAUGAGAACUGCCACGCAGCCAGCAAUUGUCGAUUACCAGGAGUUCACACAACUGUUGCAUUUUGUCACUGUGACAACUGAGAACUUCAGUAUAUUUCACCUGGAAAAACUCUAUGCUGUUCUUAGUCACUGCAUUUACCAACAUCGGAAAGAUUAUGACAAAACCAAAUUAGCGAAGGAAAUGAAGAAAGAAAUUGCAGCCUUCAGUUAUGCUCAGUGAUAAACUUGAUUUCAGCAUACUUCAUGAUGUUUUCAUUCCCUGUUGUUAUAUGUGUGUAAUUCAACAAAGGUUACUUCUACAUAUUUAUACAUAUAUUAAAUAGAUCUUAAAAUGUAUUAAGAAAG